ACUCUUUGGCCUUUCCCUAUCCUUUUCUUUCUCUCUAUAUAUACAUAAAUAUUAAAUUUUUAUUCCCCUGUUUUUUCUUCUUUGAACACACAUGAUAAAGAGGUUCUUCUUUUUAGCUUCUAUUUUUGAACUUCCCUCAAUCUCCUCCCAAAAUCUCUCCCCAAAAUGCCCAAAAAUUUAAUAUUCCUCUUUGAAGAAAUGGGGUUUUGUUAUCUUUGAAAGAUAGUAAAAAAAAAUCAAAAUAUGCCAACAGUUUGGUUGUCCUUGAAGAAAUCUUUGCACUGUAAAUCAGAGCCAUCAGAAGUUCAUGACCCAAAAAUCAGAAAGAAUUUGGGAGCAAUUUUGACAAGAAAAACAGGGGGAGGAAGAUCAGGUUGUUCAAGGUCCAUAGCAAAUCUCAAAGAUGUCAUCCAUGGCGGCAGCAAAAGGCAUUUGGAUAAACCUCCAAGUUGCAGUCCAAGAUCGAUUGGCAGUAGUGAGUUUCUCAACCCAAUAACCCACGAAGUCAUUCUCAGCAACUCAAAGUGCGAGCUCAAAAUCACCGGUUUUCAUGGUGGUUUCCCCCAAGAUCUUCCUGCGGCCGAUCCUCACGGCGGUCCUAACGGCGGUUCAACCUUUGUUGGUACUCUCACACCGGGCACGCCAGGCCCCGGUGGCCACCCUUCAAUGCAUUACUUCAAUCCUUCCUUGAGGUCUUCUUCGAAAAAAUUUCCUUUCAGAGAGGGAUUUGGUAGCUCUAAUAAAUCUGGCGGCGGCGCUGGCGGAGGUGCUCGCGGCGGCGGCGGUGGUGGUGUUCAUUUGAGUAAUAGAAUCUGCUUGGAAACAGAGAAUAGUAGGAAUGGAUCUUCUUCUGCAGUUACUUGCCAUAAAUGUGGAGAGCAGUUUAACAAAUGGGAUGCUGCUGAAGCACAUCAUCUUUCUAAACAUGCUGUGACUGAGCUUGUGGAAGGAGAUUCAUCAAGAAAAAUUGUGGAGAUCAUAUGCAGGACAAGCUGGUUAAAGUCUGAGAAUCAAAGUGGUAGAAUAGAAAGAGUCCUAAAAGUUCACAAUAUGCAACGUACGCUAGCUCGAUUCGAGGAGUAUCGCGAGACGGUUAAGAUCAAAGCCAGCAAGCUUCCAAAGAAGCACCCUCGGUGUCUUGCUGACGGGAACGAGCUCCUGCGAUUCUAUGGUACGACAGUCGCGUGCUCGCUCGGUCUUAAUGGCUCCUCGAGCCUAUGCAUAUCGGAGAAAUGCUGUGUUUGUAGGAUCAUACGUAAUGGGUUCUCGGCAAAGACUGAGAUGAAAGAAGGGAUAGGAGUGUUCACUACUUCGACGAGUGCAAGAGCAUUCAACUCAAUCGAGGCAUCGGGAGGGGACGAGGCAACGACAAGGAAGGCGAUGAUAGUUUGCAGGGUGAUUGCAGGGAGAGUUCAUAGGCCAUUGGAAAACAUACAAGAAAUGGCAGGGCAAACAGGGUUUGAUUCAUUGGCAGGGAAAGUUGGGUUGCAUUCAAAUAUAGAAGAGCUUUAUUUGCUGAAUCCUAGAGCUUUGCUUCCUUGUUUUGUGGUAAUUUGCAAACCAUGAAGGAAAUUAUUGUGGUAAAUUUGUAAUUUUUUGUUCAUCCAAUUCUUGUUUUUCAUCUUUUGGAAGAUUUGAUUCUACUUUUCCAAAAUGUUUGAAAAGAUUGGAAGCUUUUGUUGUGACAGAGGGUCCUAAUAUUUUGUUUAUGAUUUAUGUUAGGCUAUGUAAAAGAAGUGUAAAAAGUUUCAAAUUUCAAAA